AUGGACAGCAGUGUAUUUGAAUCCCGUGAUUUGCCUGUCAAGGUCCGGAUCAGCCCGACAAAAGGCAGAGAGUUUCUUGCAAAAACCAGACUGGAAGCUCAACAGACACUCUUUCGGGUAUUUCCAUAUGCAACAGCAAUCUUUGACAGUCAUAAGAAAAGGGUCUGUGCUCACUGUCUCUGUGUCCACCCCACUCGAGCCUUCUCUACUCGUUGCACCAGUUGUGAUCAGAUAUACUUUUGCUCUCUUACAUGUAGUGAAGCCUAUCUAUCAUCAUCAACAGUAGACCACUCUGUAAUUUGUGGGCUUUUACGAAAGCUAGCUACCUUUAAGUCAGAUCCACACACCAAAAGUGUAGCUAAAUUGGUCAUUUUGUGUUUGUGGGAGCGACGACGAGAGGCACACAAUCUUGGGUGGGACAGGUCAGACAAUUGGUGGAAUCCGGAAUUGGCUGCUUACUCGGAGGAUGCCUUGACAAGUAGCUUUGAACAAGUUCAAGCUCUCGAAUCCCACUACAAUGAUUGGCCUGAGGACGAUAAGAAGGACUGGCGACGAAUGCAGCAGUUCCUUUAUAACCAGCUCAGCACAGCACAACUACUUACUCCUCAUGAGACCCUACAGGAUAUUAUGCAUCUCGUAUCACGAAUCGAGUCCAAUGGAUUUGGUAUAUUUCUCGAGAAUAAGACGGCCAAGGGUGCUGUGCUUAUUGCUCUCUUUCCACUCGCGUCUCUCUUCAACCAUGAUUGUGGUAACAACUGCGAAGUAGAACAGUGCACAGAAGAUAAGCUUGAAGAAGAAGGGACCGAGGUCACAGUAGAAGUCGAACCUCCAAAACAAAAUAAAAAGAAGACACUUCCAAAAACUUCGGUAGUCAAGAUCAUCUAUCCUGCCGUCUUCUCCCAGCCGCGUGGCACCUUCCGAGUGAUGAAGAUCAGUACGGUGCGUGCUAUUGAAAUAGACGAGGCCCUGACGAUCUCCUACAUUGAUGCCACCCUUCCUGUGUCCGCACGCCGACAACUUUUGUUGGACGAAUAUUACUUCAAAUGUCAAUGCGAAAGAUGUAUAAAAGAAUCAUCAGGAAAUAAAAAAUGA